AUGUCUGGAUACGGUGAUCGCAGGGGCGGCGGCGGCGGCGGCGGCUACGGACGCGACCGCGGUGACCGCAACGGUGGUGGCGGCUACGGCGGCGGCGGUGACUUCUCUACACUACCCAAGUUCGAAAAGUCCUUCUACAAGGAGACGCCCGAGGUCGAGCAGCGCUCCCAGGCUGAGGUGGACGAGUUCCGCCGAAAGCACCAGAUGGCCGUCACCGGUAACAAUGUGCCCAAGCCCGUCGAGACCUUUGACGAGGCUUCGUUCCCUCGCUAUGUCAUGGACGAGGUCAAGGCCCAGGGCUUCCCCGCCCCCACGGCCAUCCAGUCUCAGGGUUGGCCCAUGGCCCUCUCCGGUCGCGACGUGGUCGGCAUUGCCGAGACCGGCUCCGGAAAGACCCUGACGUACUGUCUCCCCGCCAUCGUCCACAUCAACGCCCAGCCUCUGCUGGCUCCCGGCGACGGACCCAUCGUCCUCGUGCUCGCUCCCACCCGUGAGCUGGCCGUGCAGAUCCAGCAGGAGAUCACCAAGUUUGGCCGCUCGUCGCGCAUCCGCAACACGUGCGUGUACGGCGGUGUCCCCAAGGGCCCCCAGAUCCGCGACCUCUCGCGUGGUGUCGAGGUCUGCAUCGCCACUCCCGGUCGUCUGAUUGACAUGCUCGAGGCUGGCAAGACCAACCUGCGCCGCGUCACCUACCUCGUCCUCGACGAGGCUGACCGCAUGCUGGACAUGGGUUUCGAGCCCCAGAUCCGCAAGAUCAUUGGCCAGAUCCGCCCCGACCGUCAGACGCUGAUGUGGUCGGCUACCUGGCCCAAGGAGGUCCGCGCCAUGGCCAGCGACUUCCUCCACGACUUCAUCCAGGUCAACAUCGGCUCCCUCGACCUCGCGGCCAACCACAGGAUCACCCAGAUCGUCGAGGUUGUCAGCGAGAUGGAGAAGCGUGACCGCAUGAUCAAGCACCUGGAGAAGAUCAUGGAGGACCGCGAGAACAAGAUCCUCAUCUUUGUCGGCACCAAGCGUGUCGCCGACGACAUCACCCGCUUCCUCCGCCAGGACGGCUGGCCCGCUCUGUCGAUCCACGGCGACAAGCAGCAGAACGAGCACGUGCGCAACAUCACCCAUGUGCUCAACUACGACUACCCUAACAACUCGGAGGACUACAUCCACCGUAUCGGUCGUACCGGCCGUGCCGGUGCCAAGGGUACGGCCAUAACCUUCUUCACCACUGAUAACCAGAAGCAGGCUCGCGACCUUGUGAAUGUCCUGCAGGAAGCCAAGCAGCAGAUCGACCCCCGUCUCGCCGAGAUGGUUCGCUUCGGCGGUGGCGGCGGUCGUGGUUACGGCGGUUACGGUCGUGGCCGUGGUGGUGGCCGAGGAGGCAACAAUGCCAACAACAUGCCCAUGGGUAACCGCAGAUGGUGA